AUGUCGGCUUUCCUGGGCUACAUUUACUCCUUCUUCAAGGGUUAUGCCGCCCUUGUCGUCGCCCUCUACAUGCUGUCCUUCGUCGUUCCCAAGGCCGCCUUUGGCGCUCGUGUCCUCGCAUCGUACAUCUCGCUUGCCGUAGCGGCCGGCUGGGGUGUCUUUGCCUCCAUUUUCCUGACCCUCAUUGGCGAGCAGGGCAUUGCGCAAUGGAUGACCGGCCGCUUCCUGUACUACAUCAUGGCCGUCACCACGGGCGUCACCUUUGAGGUCGUUGAUCCCAACCACAUUCUCGACACUACCCGCCCUGCUGUCUUUGUCGGCAACCACCAAACCGAGCUCGACGUCCUGAUGCUGGGUACCAUGUUCCCCAAGUACUGCAGCGUCACUGCCAAGGCCUCCCUCAAGAAGACGCCUAUUCUCGGCUGGUUCAUGAGCUUGAGCGGCUCCAUUUUCAUCGACCGCAAGAACACAAAGGAUGCCAAAGAUGCCAUGGCUGGCGCUGCUGAGCAGAUUCGCAAGAGGAAUCAGAGCGUCUACAUGUUCCCCGAGGGCACCCGCAGCUACGCCAAAGAUCCCGUAUUACUGCCAUUCAAGAAAGGCGCCUUCCACCUUGCAGUUCAGGCCGGUGUGCCUAUCGUACCCUGCGUUGUCGCCAACUACAGCCACGUACUCUACCUCAAGGGCCUCAUCUUCAAUUCUGGAAAGAUCCCCGUCAAGGUCCUGGACCCUAUUCCCACUACUGGCCUGACCGCUGCCGACGUCGACGAGCUCACCCGCAAGACCCGAGACCUGAUGUUGGAGGAGCUCGUCAGCCUGACCGAAAAGGCUCAGGGCAGGCCUAUGAAGGUCGCCCACGAUGCCCCUUCUGCGAAGACGACCGGGACCGACGCCACGGAUACCGUCUCGGCUCUUUGA